AUGAGUGCUGAAUUAAAAGCAAAAGAAAUCUUCAACCAGUUUGCAACUGUUGGUGCUAACCAAGAAAAAAUCAUCACUUUACCUGAUUUUGUUGAUGUUUUAUCACCAUUCAAGUCUGAUAUUCCUAAAUCUGCCUUCUCCCUUUUAUAUUUGAUUGCAGAUUCUGAGAAAAAAGGGUUUGUCACCGAAGAUAAUUGGUUGAAAUUUAUUAAAACUUUGACAUCUCCAGAUGGUGAAUACAAAUUGUUAUACGAGUUCCUUUCUGGUAAGAACGACGUUAAUGGUAAGAUUACUUAUUCUGAAUGUGUUGAUAUUUUGAACAAAAUUAACUCAUCUAUCGAUCCAAGCUACCAGCAAAAGCUUAUAAAGUUGAACUGGAUCUACUUUCCAAAAUUUUUUGAACCAAACGGAUCAAUUGAAUUUAAUGAUUUUGUUACUUUGAUUAGUUUUUUGCCAGUCACCAAGUUAAUUGGUAAUUUUGAAGUUGUUUCUGGAAGCAAAAAAACCAUUAACGGUGAAGAAUUGAUUGGAUUGUUGACCACCAACUUGAAUCAUAAAAUCUCCAACAAGUUAAAGGGUAAUUUGAACAAUAUUACUGGUUUUUUCGGUAAACAAAACGACUUCACCUUGUCCAAUGUUUUAUUUAUCUAUGAUGCUUUAAGUAAGGUUGAUAUUAUCAACGAAGUUAUUGUCAACACUCCACCAACUACCAAAGAUAAAGAUGAUAUCAUUAUUAACAAAACUGAUUUGUACAACCAUUUGAAUGAUCCAUUGUUGAAGUCUGCCAACUUCAAACCUGUUUCCAGAUUAGAACUUGAUUUGUUGUUUUAUUUAAUCAACAAAGAAACUCAUGACGAAAUUCCACGUAAAGAAUUGAUUUCAUUUAUUAACCCAAGUUUCAACAACAAUUUGAGUACAUUGGCUCCAAUUUUUGAACAUCCUCAAAGUCCUCAUUCAAUUAAAGAGUCAAGUGAUAAUUUCUCCUUGUGGCCACUUUAUGAUUCCUUAUACUCAUUCUUUUUGGGUUCGAUUGCUGGGUGUAUUGGUGCCACUGCAGUUUACCCAAUUGAUUUGGUGAAAACAAGAAUGCAAGCCCAAAAACAUAAAGCCUUAUAUGAUAACUCUUUGGAUUGUUUCAAGAAAAUUUUGAAAAAUGAAGGUUUCAAAGGUUUGUACUCGGGUUUGGGUGCUCAAUUAGUUGGUGUUGCUCCAGAAAAAGCCAUUAAAUUAACUGUUAAUGAUUUGGUUCGUGGUAUUGGUAGUAACGAGGAUGGUACCAUUGGCAUGAAUUGGGAGAUCUUAGCUGGUCUGUCUGCGGGUGCUUGUCAAGUUAUUUUCACCAAUCCUUUGGAAAUUGUUAAAAUUAGAUUGCAAAUGCAAGGUAACACCAAGAAUUUAAGUAAACCUGGUGAAAUUCCACAUAAGCAUAUGAAUGCUAGUCAAAUUAUCAGACAAUUGGGUUUGAAAGGUUUGUACAAAGGUGCUAGUGCUUGUUUAUUGAGAGAUGUUCCAUUCUCAGCAAUUUAUUUCCCAACCUAUGCCAACUUGAAAAAAUAUAUGUUUGGAUUUGAUCCUAAUGAUCCAGCCAAGAGCAAGAAACUCUCAACUUGGCAAUUAUUGGUUGCUGGUGCUUUAGCUGGUGCCCCUGCUGCAUUCUUUACUACCCCAGCUGAUGUUAUCAAGACCAGAUUGCAAGUUGCUGGUAAGAAGACUGAUAUCAAAUAUAAAGGUAUUAUGGAUUGUGGUGCUUCUAUUUUGAAACAAGAAGGUAUGAGUGCAUUCUUUAAAGGUUCCUUGGCAAGAGUUUUCAGAUCUUCUCCUCAAUUUGGUUUCACUUUGGCAAGUUAUGAAUUAUUGCAAAAUUUGUUCCCGUUACAUCCUCCAUUAACUAGAGAAUCUAACUUCAAGGCCAUUAGUGGUUAUCCUGGUGUCUACAACUUGACUAAUGAUCAAGUUUACAAUUCUCAAGAACUUAAUGACCGUUUGAUUAUCAUGAACAAAUCAGAAAUGGUCAGUGAUGUUGGUGACGGUAUUUCCACUCCGCUUAAUGAUGCUUUGGUCAAAUUACCUGCCCAAUACAUUUACAAAUCACAAGAUGCUAUUAACUUAUUAUUGGACAUUGAUUAUAAAUUCGGUAACUUCAACUAUAAUUCUUAUGUUAACUAUAUCCAAAAGAAGAAGUAA